AUGACCAAACGUGUAUUAAUUUUUGGUCAAUCAGGUGUAGGUAAAUCCUCCAUGAUCAAUGCUCUCGCCAAUAGCAAACUCCCAGUUUUGGAUGGAGCAGUUGGAACCACCUUUGAAAGCGAAGAAGUUUCGUUUAAAGAUUCGUCCAAUCAAGAAAUACUUCUCAUCGAUACAGUAGGUCUCAGCGAAUCAGCAACUGGCACCUCCUCUUCAAUCGAUUCUUUCAUCAAACUCAAAAAUCUAUUGAAAAAAUCAACUUGCGGUUUCAAUUUAAUGAUCUUUGUAACAACCAAAGAUCGAAUCACAGGUAAUGAUAAAGCCAAUAUCGAACUAUUCAAGACUAUUCUUGGUGAUGACAAAGUGCCAGUAAUCAUGGUGGUUAAUAAGAGUGAAAAUCUUGAAGAUUGUGAGAAUAUGGUAUUAGAUUUGGAGAGUAAUCAGUGGGUUACUAAAAAUCUUUUGUAUAUUGAACAAGUUUAUGGAAAGGAUUGUUUUGCUUGUAUUAAAUCGACUUCUUUCCCAUGUACGAAAGGAGACGAUUUGACAUUCUCUGAAGAGGAAAAGAAGUUGGUUAGUGAAGCUUCGAGAAGGAUUGUUCUCGCAAUGAUUAACAAGUACUCUUCCAAGGAAAGUGUAGUACUUAUCAGAUCUAGUCAAGAUUUAUUUUCGAAACUCGUUCGAAUGUGGAAUUUGUUUCUUUUUAAAACUGGAGAGACAGCUUUCAAGAUUGGAAUUGAUUUACAAUCAUUCUCAAGUGUUGGAAAGUUGGCAGAGAAACUAAAGGUGAUCUUUAAGGCAGAUAUUAAUUUUCUUGAACUGGCUAUGGAUCUUUAUGGAAUUGGUGUCAAUAACAAUGAACAUGAUGUUGCUUGUAAUAAAAAAUAAAUCUAUCAAAGUAAUGGACGAAACUGAAAAGUAAU